AGCGACCAUUCCAAUCAUUGCUCGUCUCGCAAUAACCUUGCAAAUUCCCUGCAUACUCGAUUUAAACAGCAUGGACAGACCGCGGAUCUAAAUGAGGCCAUCAACCAUUAUAGUGCUGCUCUAGAGCACUAUCCCAAAGGCCAUCCGAGUCGAUUCACAUCUCUCAAUAACCUCGCAAGUGCCCUAGGAACCCGAUUUAAACAGCAUAGGCAGAUCGAAGACCUUAAUGAGUCCAUAAAUCAUCAUCGUGACGCUCUGAAACUUUGCAUGGAUGGGCAUCCCAAUCGUCUCGCGUCGCUGGUCAACCUUGCGAAUUCCCUCCUUACCCGAUUUGAGCAGAAUGGACAGACCGCAGACCUCGACGAGGUUAUCGAUCGUCAACGAGCAGCCCUGAAAACUUGCCCUGGUGGUUAUUCCAACCGUUUCGCACUCCUGAAUGGCCUUGCAAACGCACUUCAUACUCGAUUUAAACAACAUGGACAGAUCACAGACCUUGAUGAGGCCAUGGAGCAUUAUCGCACAUCUCUGGAACUUUGCCCUGAUGGCCAUCCCGAUCGUUCCUUAUUAAUGACCAACUUAGGCCUUUCAUUUCUCUCUCGAUUCGAGACGUUUAAAGACUUAGAUGAGGCGAUUGAGCAGUUUCGUGCUGCCCUGGAACUUCUCCCAAACGAUCAUCCCAAUCGCCCCACGCUACUGUAUAAUCGUGCAAACGCUCUUACAUCUCGUUUUAAACAGCAUGGACGGAUCGCAGACUCUGAGGAGGCAAUCAGGCUUCAUCAUGCUGCCCUUGAGCUUUGCCCCGACGGUCAUCCUGGUCGAUCCACAUUUCUCAAUAACCUUGCAACCGCCCUGCGAGAACGAUGCAAACAACGUGGACGGUCCACAGACCUUGAUGAGAUCAUCGGAUUUCAUCAUGCUACUCUUGAGCUUCACCCUGACAACCUUCCCAAUCGCUCCGCGUUUCUCAAUAACCUUGCAUCCAUUCUUCAAACUCGAUUCAAACAACGUGGACAGACAGCAGACCUUGACGAGGCCAUCAGACAUCGUCGUGCCGCUCUCAAGCUUUUCCCUGACGGCCAUCCUAAUCUUUCCGCGUCUUUAAGUAACCUUUCAGACACCCUUCGAACUCGAUUCCAACAACAUGGACAGGUCUCAGACCUUGACGAGGCCAUCAAGCAUUACCGUACUGCUCUCGAGCUUUGCCCUGCCAGUCAUCCUGAUCAUCCCACAUUUUACAGUAACCUUGCGUGUACCCUUGAAACUCGAUUCAAACAACGUGGACAAACUGCAGACCUUGACGAGGCAAUCAGGCUUCAUCAUGCUGCUCUCGGGCUUUGCCCUGAAGGACAUCCUCGUCGUCCUGCAUUUUCCACUAACCUUGCAUCCGGCCUUCAAACUCGAUUCGUACAACGUGGACAGGUUGCAGACCUUGACGAGGCAAUCAAGCUUCAUCAUGCUGCACUCGAGUUUUUCUCUGACGGCCAUCCUCAACGUUCCAUCCCUUUCAAUAACCUUGCAAAAGCUCUUGAAGCUCGAUUUAAACAACUUGGACAGAUUGCAGACCUUAACGAGGCAAUCAGGCUUCAUCAUGCCGCUCUUAAGCUUUUCCCUGAUGGACACCCUGAUCGUUCCGUGUCUCUCAAUAACAUUGCAGGUGCACUUGUAACGCGAUUCAAACAAUGUGGACAGGCUGUGGACCUCGAUGAGGCCAUCGGGCAUUCUUAUACUGCUCUCAGUCUCUGUCCUAACAGCCAUCCCGAUCGUCCCACGUCUCUCAGUAACCUUGCAUAUGCUCUUCAAACCCGAUUUGAACAACGUGGACAGACCGUAGACCUCGAUGAGGCUAUCAGGCAUCAUUCAGCUGCUCUCGAGCUUUGCCCCAACAGUCGUCCUGAUCGUCCCACAUUUUACUGUAACCUUGCGGGCGCUCUUCAAAUCCGAUUCGAACAACAUGGACAGAUUUCAGACCUUGACGAGGCAAUCAGGCUUCAUCAUGCUGCACUCGAGCUUUGCCCUAAUGGUCAUCCUGAUCAUUCCACGUUUCUCAAUAACCUUUCAGGCACUCUUGUAACUCGAUUCAAACAAUGUGGACAGAUUACAGACCUUGAUGAGGCUAUCAGGCAUCAUUAUACCACUCUGGAGCUUUGUCCAGACAGCCAUCCCAAUCGUUCUGUAUAUCUCAAUAACCUUGCAAAUGCUCUUAGAACUCGAUUUGAACAGAUUGGACAGAUUACAGACCUUAAUGAAGCUAUCAGGCAUCAUUAUACUGCUCUCGAGCUUCGCCCAGACGACCAUCCCAAUCGUUCCAUAUCUCUUAAUAACCUUGCAAGCGCUCUUAUAACUCGGUUCAGACAACAUCAACAGAUUGCAGACCUUGAUGAGGCUAUCGGGCACUGUCAUGCUGCCCUGGACCUUUAUCCCAAUGUCCAUCCCAAACGUUUCGGAUCUCUCAAUAACCUUGGAAAUGCCCUUCAAACUCGAUUCAAACAAUGUGGACAGACUGCAGAUAUCGACGAGGCCAUUAUUCAUCACCGUGCUGCUCUCAGGCCAGAGCUUUGCCCUAACGGCCAUCCUGGUCGUUCCACAUCUCUCACUAAUCUUGCAAACGUCCUUCAUAGUCGAUUCGAACAACAUGGGCAGACCACAGACCUUGACGAGGCCAUCAGUCAUCAUCGUGCGGCUCUAGAACUUUGCCCGGAAGGCCAUCCUGACCAUUCGAGGUCCUUGGCGAAUUUGGCUUCUUCGUUGAAUUCCCGAUUCGAGAGGUGUGAGGUCAUUGAUGAUUUCGACGAGUGCAUCCGAUUAUUCGAACGUGCUGCCACGCACAAGUUUUCAAGUUCGGUGAUGCGACUCAGUAUCGCUACGGAGUGGGCCAGACGUGCUCAAAGUCAUUCUCACUACACUACUUCUAGAGCUUACAAGGUAGCAAUGUUGCUCCUACAACAUGCCGUCGUUGUUAGUCCUACUCUUCACACACAGCACGACUUCCUUAACCAGAAUCACCGUUACGGAACGCUCGCAGGUAACGCAGCGGCAUAUGCAGUUGAAGGAAAUAGGUUCAAAGAGGCUAUAGAGAUCCUUGAGCAAGGAAGGGCUUUACUCUGGUCGCAGAUGCGUGGUUUCAGGGCACCUCUACACCAGCUUGCAGAGAUAAACGAAGAGCUCGCUAGCAAGUUCAGGAAUGUUAGUUGCCGGCUGGAGAGCCUCGCGACAAUUGAACGGAAAUUGUAUGAGGAGGGGCUGAGGUUGAAGAGACAACUCUCUGAUGAGCAGGAGGAGGUUAUCAGCGAGAUACGCCAGAUUCCCGGGUUUGAGAACUUUCUUGAAGCUACGCCAUUCAAGGUACUUCAGCAGGCGGCUUCAGAGGGUCCAGUGAUUGUGGUUAAUCUUAGUGUAUAUCGAUGCGAUGCACUCAUUGUACUGUCCCGCGAAGAUCGGCCGGUUGUCUGUAUCCCAUUAGAUGGGAAAUUCCACGAGGACACCACUAGUCUGUGCAAGGAGUUUGUGGAAACACGCUUUUACUCUGGCCCAAGCUCUGUUAAAUAUGACCAGGUGCUCCGACGAGCAAUAAAGACAUUGUGGGAUAGGGUGGUCUGCAAAGUCGUUGAUAAACUAAACGAGCUCGGAAUCGCGGAAGGAUCACGCAUUUGGUGGUGUCCCACAUCUUUCCUGUCUGCGCUUCCGUUUCACGCUGCAGGUCCAUUCGAGGAUACAGACGGCACUACGAAGUAUCUAUUAGACAAGUACAUCUCGUCUUAUACCCCGACACUCGGAGCACUCAUUGGUGCGCGGGCGUCAUGUGGAAACGAAGGAGAACCAACGGCUCUUGUCAUCUGGGAUAAAUCGCUCUCGUCAUCUAAGGAAGAAGUUCGCAGGAUCAAGAACUGCGGCAUAAAUACUAAAUUACUCUACAGUAAGGCAUCUCAUGAUGCAGUGGUAGAAGCACUUCGGAAAACAGCAUGGGUGCAUUUUGUUUGCCAUGGAGGCUUAGAUCCAAGGCCUUUCAACUCAUCAUUCAAGGUGUCCGACCGCGGGUUGACCUUACUCGAUAUUGUCCAAGCAAAUCUUCCCAAUGCAGAGUUUGCAUUCCUUUCCGCCUGCCACACCGCUGAACAACCUUUCAAUUUAACAUUUGACGAAGUGCUCCAUCUCGCUGCGGCGAUGCAGUUCUCUGGUUUUCGAAGCGUCAUUGGAUCGAUGUGGGAGUUACUCGAUACAGACGGCCCCUUUUUCGCCAAGACAGUAUACCAAUACAUGUGUGACUGCGAUGAGGGCGAGCCAAGGUACAAGCGUGCUGCUGCUGGGCUUCGAAAGGCUGCUAUAGAACUGAAACUACGAGAUGAUAUUCGGGCUGAGAGAUGGGUCAACUUGAUUCACAUAGGU